UGUUUUUUUUUUAAGCCAAGGAUGUCUAAUUUGUAUGGAGAUUACAACCAAAAGAUCGACUACGUCUUUAAAGUCGUCUUGAUCGGAGAUUCCGCGGUCGGAAAAACACAGCUGCUUGCUCGGUUCGCUAGGAACGAGUUUAGUGUCGACUCUAAAGCCACCAUCGGUGUUGAGUUCCAAACUAAAACGCUCGUCAUCGAUAACAAAACCGUCAAAGCUCAGAUUUGGGAUACUGCUGGCCAAGAGAGAUACCGAGCAGUGACAAGCGCGUACUACCGUGGAGCUGUUGGGGCAAUGUUGGUCUACGACAUGACCAAACGUCAAUCAUUUGAUCACAUGGCUAAAUGGCUAGAAGAACUAAGAGGGCACGCGGACAAAAACAUAGUGAUUAUGCUAAUCGGUAACAAAUGCGAUCUCGGAAGCCUAAGAGCAGUGCCAACCGAAGACGCACAAGAGUUUGCACAAAGAGAAAACUUGUUCUUCAUGGAAACCUCUGCUCUCGAAUCUACCAAUGUUGAAACCGCUUUUCUGACUAUCUUAACAGAGAUUUAUCGUCUAAUCAGCAAGAAAUCAUUAACGGCUGAUGAUGAUGACGCCGAUGGGAACUCGAGCCUCUUAAAGGGGACUAGGAUUAUCAUUCCUACCGAGCAGGAGAGCGGGAAUAGAGGUGGAUGUUGUGGCAAAACGUAACUCCAAAAGCGAAAGACAAAAGAUUAUAUUCUUUUUUUUGUUUUGGGUUUGUUGUGUUUUUCUUUGUGUUUUAUUCAUGUUAGGCCAUUUCUUCUUGGAACGAAACAAUAAGUCAAGGUUUACUAGAGAAAGAAGAGUUUAUGAGGGUGAAACCAAGAGCCCCAUUAUCUUA